GGACAACCCUGGCACGCACUGGUCAAAGAUGUCGCGGUCGUUGUGUCCUCUGGUCGCCCUUUUUUGGACGGCGGUUCUAUUGGGUCCAAUCCCUACCCAAGGGACAGCUCAAGACUCAACCCACACGCUGAUUUCAUUAUUCGAAUCCCUACAGCUCCAAAUUACCGAACUACAGAGGAAAGUAGACCAGGGAUUUUCUGGAUCAUGUAAAGCGAAACCCAAAGACUGCGCCGAUCUCCUGGCUGCCGGGAAAAACGAGUCCAAGGUGUACUCGAUUUACCCCGGGGAGGGUCACACGCCGACUAAAAUCUACUGCGACAUGGCGGACGAAGGAGGGGGUUGGACUGUCAUCCAGAGACGUUUCAACGGUUCCGAAAACUUUUUCCGGAGUUUUGCUGACUACGCUUCAGGUUUUGGUAACAAGACAGGGGAAUAUUGGGCAGGAAAUGACGUCAUUCAUGCCAUUACUUCUCAGUGUAAAUAUGAACUGAAAAUCAUAUUAACCGAUUUCCAGCAGCACACCAAGAUAGCCAAAUAUUCCUCGUUUUCUGUUGGAGACAAAUCAACAAAAUACGCUCUCAGUAUAUCAGGGUAUUCUGGUGACGCAGGUGACGCCCUAGUCUUUGACCAUAACGGCAAAGCCUUCUCUACCGCGGAUGCCGACUCCGACAGUUCACAGACAGUCAACUGCGCACAGAAGCAUAAAGGCGGCUGGUGGUACUCCAACUGCUUCAAAUCAAAUCUGAACGGCGUGUGGGGUAAGGCGGACGAGACUGGUAUCGUAUGGGGACCGUACAAUAACUGGCAGAUGUACGCACUGAAGGAGACCACCAUGAUGGUUCGUCCCGUGGACUGUGAUUAAAGCAAGCCUCUGCAACGAACUGUUGUAUUUUGGAUUAAAAAUUAUACCCAGUGACCAGUGGGAACCAUUGUAAACAAAUAAAUCUUUGAAAGUUGAU